UAAAAAAAAAAAUAGAUUUCCGGUAAAGACUCACUCUCCGCUCCUUCGCUCUCUGUUGGUAAUAAAUAGGCAACACUUCACUUCCGACGUCAAAUUCGAACCACCUUUUCUCUCUCAAACACUGCAGACAGCUUGAGAAUUGCCAAUGAUGGCGUCUCCCUUCGAAACUCGUAUGCCGAUGGCGCCCUCCUGCUCUUAGAUUUGACGUAUUGUUCUCGCUUUUGGGGCCUUUCUUCGGUUCGAGGCUUUCGUUCUGCUUCGCGAGAUUGUUUGUGGAGAUGGCGAAUCCGAAAUGGAGUUCGCAGAACAGCGGUUAUGAGACCGCGAUCUGGGCCGCCAAAAUUGUUUUUUGCUUCCUCGGCGUCGUCUCCUGUGGCGCCGCCGUCAGGGCGGCCAUGGGAGCCCUGGCCUCUGCCCUCCCCGGCUUCUGGGCCUCCCUCCGCUCCUGGCUCGCACCGCAGUACCUCUUCGUCGCUGUCCAUUUCAUUAUCCUCGUUAUCUGGAAGCUCUCCGAUCGGCAGCAGCAGCACCGGCACCACUUCGAACACUGGGCCGCGGAGGCGGGGACCGCGGAGUCUGAGAAUCCUACAAAGAUAGAAUCUUUCGAGCCUCCGCCUGCGGCUGGCCAACCCCGGAAACCGUCGCCAGAGAUCUGGCGCGACGAGAUCUCGCCGUCUCCGACGACCGGAGAGGUUCUAGCGGUGGAUCCCGUUGAGCACUCGCCGUCCGACGCGUCGUCCCUCACGACGGAUUCCUGCGAGAGGUCCACGCCUUCGUCGGCGUUUGCGAGCCAAAAGAGCGUCCAACCAGAGACCGAGACCAGCAUUGCGAUGGCGGAAGAGGAGGACGAGGCGGCGGCCUCGGCGGAGUUAGAGAACGACUCGAUGAAUUCCACGUGGAUGGCGAUUAUGGAGAAGUCGUCUCGGCCGGAGCUGACGCCGCCACCCGUGGCGGCUCCCUCUUCCGCGAGUCACGAGGACAUGAACCGGCGGUUCGACGAUUUCAUCAAGAAGAACCACGAGCAAAUUCGGCUUCUCAGUAGCCGGCGGCAUCCGUAGGAGAUGCGCAAGUCACGCCUGACACUAAUCUCCAUCUCCUUUCAUCUUCUUGCGAGCUCGUUGAACGAAAGCUUCUGUGGAGGAGGGGGACUGCUUUACUGCUUUGCUGCAAGACAACGAAUCCUUAAGGUUCCUUUUGAGAUGUUGCACUUGUUCUUUGUUCUGGUGUUGCUGGUCGGACUGAGAAGUGAGUGAGUCUGAAAGAUGGAGCCUUUGAGGGUCAUAGGUCAGAUCAGAGGUUCUCAGUUUAUAUGGAUAUGUUAAAGGUCCACAUCAAGUAUGUGUCAAGAAACUUACAAUCAAUUUCAAGAACAAUUACAUGCCGAUAUUUGCAGUCCUCUUUGUCUGUGAAAUAUCUUCCAGGAUGGCCAUAGUCCUGUUGUGAUCAAUAUAUUUUAAGGACCGACUGUGACCAUUGACUAUUUCAGCAGGUAAAGUGAAUAUUUCUUCCUAAAGGCAAGACAGCAGUCUCAUAAUUUAUUGGAUUAGAUGAUUGAUAUGUUUCAUAUUUUAACAUUCUCUUAGAAGUAGACAAUUCUUACUUUUUCAAGGCCUAUUUUCCUCAACAUAAAACUGGUUUUCAGCAUCUGGACAAACCCUAAUAACUAUAGUUCUACAGUUCUUUUUAGUUAGAAAACCAGCUCAAAUUUAUUACUUUCAGCUUAUUCUUGAGAAGAUUUUUGUGACUUUGGCAACAUAGUAUGUUUAUUGUGGAAGAUGGUUCAUAGUAGAACUUUAUACUUCAGUUUCCUAGUGAGUUGAUAUUAUUUCAUGUAUCAUCUGGUGACUUUGUGCCUGUUGAA